AUUACCGGUGAUUUAGGAAGGUAGCUUGAUUCCUAUUCUUGAUAAGCGAAUUUCAAAGAAUUCAUCUUUUAUCAUAUAAAAGGUUGUCUAACUGGAAGGCUCGACAACUUUCUUUCACUGGACAUGGUAUGCUGGUGGUGAAGGUUCCCUUGUUUGUGUCUGUGUGCUGUUGGAAGGGUCUUGAGGGCAUUCGUCUCUUCUUAUGGAAAGUGGUUGGCUGGUUGCUAAUGCUUUGUUAACCAAUGAGGAGAGAUGUAGGAGGCAUUUGACAGUGGAUUCUGCUCGUGUGAGAUAUGGUGAGAGUCACGAAAAUCGUGAUCAUGUGCUUAGAAAUUGUGGUCUGGCAACUAAGGUGUGGUGUAGGUUCGGGCAUCUAUGGAUGCCAUUCGGAAUUGUUCUGUACAAGGUAGCAAUUUGGUUGCUGAUAUAUCUGGUUUUCGAGGUCUACCGGUAUUGGAGAUGCUUCUUCAUUGAUCAGAUGGGUCCAUCCACCAGCUGGGUGCUUUAAGCUAAAUUGUGAUGUUGCGGUUAAUCUCAGUUCUAGGAAAUCAGUUGCUGGGGGAAGUGUUGCGUGAUCAUAGGGAUGUGGUGUUGUUUGCCUUUGUUGCCAAUACUGGCUUUUGCUAUGUGAUUCAAGCAUAACUGUGGAUCAUAUAUAUUGGGAUAUGAUUCUUGCUUGGAAUAGAGGGUAAAUGAGUUUUUUUGGUGGAGGCUGACUCUUUAAAUGGAGUAACUCUUCUUCAACAAGGUUGUGGGUCUCAUCACCCGUGUUGUAAUUUGGUAAAAUGUAUUCAGUCUUUCGAUGAUGCAGGGGUAAUUUGAGCUGGUAUCAUGUCUUGUGAGAAGUCAGCCAAGUUGUUGAUCAGUUAGUUUUUGCUUAUCUUCGUGUGAUAGUUUGAGAAUUUUUAAUGUCCUUUUGCUUUUCUUUGUUUGGCUUGUUAACAUUGAUGUAACUUUUGUUUCUUACCUUCUUGACUCUAAUUGUUUUUUGUUCAGAUGUCCCCUCCAAUUCAAAAAUAAAA